GUUGCAGAACAUCGACGACGGCACCUCGGACCGGCCCUACAGCCACGCGCUGGUGGCCGGCAUCGACCGCUACCCGCGCAAGGUGACCGCCGCCAUGGGCAAGAAGAAGAUAGCCAAGAGGUCCAAGAUCAAGUCGUUCGUGAAGGUGUACAACUACAACCACCUGAUGCCCACCAGGUACUCUGUUGAUAUUCCUCUGGACAAAACAGUUGUCAACAAGGAUGUGUUCAGGGACCCCGCACUAAAACGCAAAGCGAGACGUGAAGCUAAGGUGAAAUUUGAGGAAAGAUACAAGACUGGCAAGAAUAAGUGGUUCUUCCAGAAGCUACGAUUCUAAACUUGUAUCAAGGCUGUAUCAAUAAAUGUUUACUAAAACGUA